AUGUCAUCCUCUGAUUCUGAUACCGAGGGGCCUAUGGAUGGUUACUGGGGUUUUGGGGAGGAGAAUCAUGGGAUCCCACUUUGGGCGCAUGAAAGAAGGGCCAAUUCCCACCGUAAGACCUUCAAUGGAACACUAGAAUGGAAGGACGGGGCGUUGGUUGAAGAUGUAAAGAUUUCCACCAAUCAGUCUACAGAUUUUAUAUUAGGGAAUCAGAGGAGGAGGAAUAAGAUCCUCAAUGGCGAUUACGUGGAUAUGUUUACUCUUCUCCCGCCUACCAAGGUAACAGGAAAAGGGGAGAAGAAGCGGUCUUUUGGUAAGCGGAAGUAUAGGACGCCUAGGGCCGAACGCACCUUUGAGAACUGGUUGGAUGGGUACCAGGUCUUCAUGGGAGUAAUCUGUGUGGCUUAUCCCAAACGUUCAAUGGAUCUGGUUGCUUAUUUGGCUCACGUAAGGCGGGCUCACACUCUGGCCGGGGAGACCACUGCACUAACCUAUGAUGAGAACUUUCGUAGAAACGCUUCUCUCUGCCCUCCACCCGGUGGGACCUAA